GAGGAAUUGAGUCCAGACACGUGCUCUCUUUAUAUGGCUCCGCGCGGAGGAGGAAAGCUCAAUGCAUUCUUCACUCUCGUAGGUGCAGACCCGAACGCGUCCACGUAUUCAAGGUAGGAACAGAGGCAAAUUCGCCUCUUGCACUCUCGGCAUUCAGCAACAAGGACACCCAGUGAAAUCUUUGGAUCAUCCCACUGCAUCUCAACUGGCCAAGCGAUGCAGGACGAGAUGGAGGAGACAGGUCGGUCAGCCCCUGCCAGGGACAUCUCUCGAUUCCGGGUGAAGCGAGUAAGCACUCAAAUGGGAAUGGUGCUCCAGCACCCGGCGACUAAUGAAUGCACCCAAAAACCCAUGACGCUGGACACAUACCUGACCCAGUAUGAUGGCUGGACGACAGAUAGGGAAGCAGCCCCGAAGGAAUGGCAUUAUCGGAACGUGAUGUCUAUUCAGGCCGGUUGCAACAAAAGACCUACCCUCGAGGACCUCAUCCAAGACCAAGGUUCCUCUCUCGAACCGAAUCAGGCAGAGAAUCCGACCGAGGAAGGCCAGAAGAAAGGCGCCCUGAGACUGGGCUGGUUUGAAGGAGUCUAUGUAGGUGCUCCAGGAUUACCCGUAAUCUGA